AUAUUAAGAGGGGCUGCCUUUGUGUCUUUCACCGUGCAAAACUUUUUUUCAAACUAUCAAGAGAUUGAUAAUGGUAUUGUGUCCAUGGCUAAUGAAAAGAAAUGCAAAGUUUUUGGAAUUGGAGAUAUGUGUCUUAAAUUUGACUUUGGAUCUAUUGUGAACUUAAAGAAUGUUAGACAUGUGCCUGAUUUGUCCUAUAAUUUGCUUUCUUGUGCAUCUCUUGAAAAUGAGGGUCUUGAGGGAAAAUGGGGGAAAGGUGUUAUGAAAAUCAUGAAGGGUUCAAUCGUUGUUUUCAAAGCUGAAAAGAAAAAUAAUUUGUAUGUGUGCAAAGCUGAACCUGUUUGUGAGCAUGCAAAUUCUGUGGUUGAUAAUUUUGUUCUAUGGCAUAAACGGUUGGGUCACAUGAGUAAUAAAGGACUUGAAAUAUUGUAUAUAAAUGGACACUUGGGUAGUGAUAAGCUUAUGCAUGUUCCUUUCUGUGAAUCUUGGAGGUUGUUCCCUUGUUGUAAACUCGAAGGAAGUUCUUUGUUCCUUCGUGAGAAGUCUUGGAGUGCGGUAUCUCCAAGCAAAGGUGUUGAGGCUCGUGUGACUCGGGUUCUCAAGUUGUAUCGUGUUGAAGAGUAUGUUCAACCAAGCAUCGUGUCUCACUCAGUGGCUCAUGAAUUGUGGUCGGAUCUAAAAUCUCGUUAUGGUGGUUCGAAUGGGCCUCGUAUCCAUCAGUUGAAAACCGAGAUGCAAAACCUCCGUCAGAAGGGCCAGUCCGUUGUGGCUUACUACAAUCAGUUUAUUACGUUGUGGAAUCAGUUGUAUGGAACCAAGGACCCUACGUUCGGUUGCAAAUGUACAGCUGCCGCCUUGAUUCGUGCGGACGUCGAACACGAGAAAACCCACACUUUUCUUCUCGGUCUGGAUGACGAACAAUAUGGGUCUGUCCGUUCCCAAAUCCUCGGGACGGAACCGGUUCCAGACAUUAGUCAGGUUUAUGCUUUGGUCGCUCGGGAAGAACGCCAUCGGUCCAUUGUUUGUGCUAGGGAUGAUCGCACGGAUGCGAUGGCGUUUGCCGUGGGACGUGCUCCUCCUCCGGUCCAGUGGCAGGGCGGGCGUGGCGGCGGUAGAACUGGCCGUGGUGGUCGAACAGGGGGACGCGGGACCAAAGGCAGUGGUGGUACUGCCAACGAAGGGACGGCCAGUGCAGCGGCUAUAGAGGUGUCCGGCUCUGUGCACUCCGGCGAGGCCACCCCAACGUCUCUGUCCUUCGAUCAAGUUACACGCCUUCUCUCUAUGCUCGGCCCCUCGUCUUCCCAUAUGUCAUUGAAUGGUAUGCCGCAGUCUACGUCGCAGGAUCGGCUUGUUGAUAGCGGCGCGUCCCACCACAUGACCGGUACAUUUUCUUGUUUUCUUGAUGUUAGCCCAAUUCCGCCGUGCCCCGUCACUCUCCCGAUGGGUCACGUGAGAUGGCUAAAACCUAGGUUGCACGGAAUCGGCUCUUCACUGCCGCCUCGCGCAUCGGAAUCGUCGCCAGCGCAGAUUCUCCGGCGGGGACGGCAGUUGGCGUAUCCUAAACGUAUCUACAGGUUUGGAUUCGUCGGCAUCUUGGAUACGAACGGAUCCGGACGAAUCGGGUAGGAAUUGGGUACGAAUCCGAAAUUGUGGAAGAAAAGAGUGAGAUUAAGAGGAGAAAUGGGGGGAUAUGAAAUGGAAGAAAAUUCAGGGAUGGAUAAACCAAGUUGGUGUUUAAGAGAUAUUACACACUCUUAUCCUAACUUGGGGUUUGAAUCUAGAAUUUAAUUAAGAUAUGACACACUUAAUUAAAUAUCUAGAACCUAAAACUCACACUUAAGAUAACCCUUCUUAAGAUAUAGAAUUAGGGAUUUGGCUAAAAUAGCAUCACACUAUUUUAUAAAUACUCAAAGAGUAAAAGGAGUUUUUAAUAAUUCAGAGAUGAUCAUUACAAGGGCCAAAUGGCCGAAAUAUAUAAGGAGGGGAGAGGAGGGAAAACACACAAUAUAAUGAAUGCAAAUACAAGGAACCUUCCUACAUCCCUUUAUCAUUCACUAGCUUCCAAUCUUGAGUUGAUAAGGG